AUGAAUCAUCACCACCCUCUUGUCGACACCAAUGUCUUCCACCACAAACACGCUAGCCAUGCCCCCUCCCUCGACACCUCGACGGCACAAUUUAUGGCUAAGAAGAGGAGGGAUCCAGGCACAUCGACAUAUACUCCCCCCGCCUUGACACGGCGGCCCACCUUGCAUAGAAAUUUCUCAAAGCCUACCCAACUUCUACUUAAUUCGACCGAGAAAUACUCCCUCCUCCAUGGCAUCCUGGCCGAUCCUGACUCACGCCGCAUCUUCUACUUCAUGAUUUUGAACCUGCUGUUCAUGGUCGUUCAGUCCACAUACGGCGUCCUGACAGGCUCUCUGGGGUUGAUUAGCGACAGUAUUCACAUGUUCUUUGACUGUGUUGCUCUGCUGGUAGGAGUUUGCGCAGCUGUCAUGAGCAAAUGGCCUCCGUCUCUCAAGUUUCCAUAUGGUUACGGAAAAAUCGACACUCUUGCCGGCCUGGGUAAUGGCAUCUUCCUGAUGCUAAUCAGUAUCGAAAUUGUCUACGAGGCUAUUGAAAGGCUGUUCUCAGGCGCCGAUGUCAGCCGUACCGCCGAGCUUCUGGUCGUAAGUACUGCUGGGCUCCUUGUCAAUUUGGUGGGCAUUUUUGCUUUUCACGGUGCGCAUGAUCAUUCCCACGGAGGGGACGACCAUGCACACGAUGACCAUUCCCAUUCCCAUUCCCAUGACCACAAUCACGAUCACGACCAUACACAUGCACAUGCACAUGAUCAUCAACACGAUCAUAGCCACACCCACGAGCAAGAAACCCCGUUGACUGCUUCUGCCUCUCCCAUGAAAGGAAAGAAAGCAGCAAGCAGCCAUCACCAUGGUACCGAAAAUAUGCAAGGCAUUUAUCUUCAUAUCAUGGCAGACGCCCUCGGUUCACUUUCAGUCGUUCUAUCCACUUUACUCGUUCGAUGGACAGGUUGGAGUGGCUUCGAUCCCUUGGCAUCUUGCAUCAUAGCUGUGCUGAUUUUCGCGUCGACAAUCCCCUUGGUAACUUCGACCACCAAAAUUCUUCUCUUGUCCCUCAAUUCCGACAUUGAGUAUAAUUUACGAAACAUCCUCAGCGGUGUUGCCCAGAUAAGAGGCGUCGUGGGCUACACAGUCCCAAAAUUCUGGCUCGAAGACAUCAAGAAAGAACCGGGCCAUCACGGGCACUCUCAUGGUGGACACGACCAUCAUCAUGGGCAUUCCCACAAGAGCAGUGACGGACACUCUGGCUGUGAUUCGAGUGAUGACCCAACCGUCAUAGGCGUCAUCCACGUCAUUGCUGCUAACACCGCUGAUCUUGAGGAUGUGAGAGAGCGUGUCUCUCUAUAUCUACGCCAGCGCAAGAUGGACAUCGUCGUCCAGGUAGAACGCGAAGGCGAGAAUAGAUGCUGGUGUGGCGGUGGGCCCAAAACUGGGUAA